AUGGCGACUCUCAACUUCACCCAGAAGAAAGGUAUCUUAAACACCGGAGCCGAGAUCCCACUCAUCGGCCUCGGCACCUGGCAAUGCAAGUCCAGAGACGCCGUAGUCUCAGCCUUGCUUGCUGGCUACCGACACAUCGACACCGCCGCCGUCUACGGCAACGAAGCGGAGGUUGGCCAGGCGAUCAAAGACUCGGGCGUACCGCGCCAGGAAAUCUUCCUGACCACCAAGCUGGGCAAUCAAUGGCAUACCCGGGUCCCUGAGGGUCUGGCCGCCUCCUUGCAAGCCCUGCAGACCGACUACGUGGACUUGUAUUUGAUGCAUUGGCCGUGCGCGGUCGAUCCGGACGAUCGUGACAAGGUCGUGCCGAACUGGGAUUACGUUAAUACCUGGAUUGAGAUGCAGAAGUUGCCGGCUACGGGAAAGGUCAAGGCCAUUGGGGUUUCGAACUUUGGGAUUACCCAUCUGGAGAGGUUGUUGGCGGAUGCAGCGGUUAAGAUUGUUCCGGCUGUGAACCAGAUUGAGCUUCAUCCCUGCCACCCAUCUCCUAAGUUGGUCGCGUAUAACACGGCCAAGGGGAUUCACACCACGGGAUACUCGUGUCUCGGAUCCAUCGACUCGCUGCUGUACAAGAAUCCAACUAUUAUCGAGCUGGCUCAACAGAAAGGGCGAUCCAUACAGCAAGUCCUUCUCAAAUGGGGCCUGCAGAAGGGCUGGUCGGUGAUUCCCAAGUCGGCCAAUCCUGAGCGAAUUCAGGCCAACUUUGAUCUUGAUGGUUGGGAAUUGAGCCCGGAGGAGAUGAAGGCGAUUGAUGGUAUUCCCACACGGUUCAAGAUCUUCCAAGGUGGGCUUCUUCCGCCGGCGAUGGACGGCAAGGUAUUCUUAGGCGAUGAUGAGUAGUGCAGAGCAUUCAGCAUGAUAGAUACAUACAUACAGAUAGACCACGAUAUCAACACUAUCCAG